AUGGUCCAGCGAAUCUAUCGCAUGUUAUUAUCGUAGCAAAGGGAAAGGCAAGAUUUGGUACUGAAAGUUAGGCUUUGUGAGGUGCCUUAAUUGGUAAGGGAAAGGCACUUAGGCUACUCACGACACUCACCUACUCUUCGCAAACUUGGGGUAAGCUACAGUAUACCCUACCCGUCCUCAUCUGUGGAGCGCGCACGCAUCGCAACGCCUCUGCAGUACGGUUCUGUAACGGGACACUCGGCUCGUCUCAUUUUCUCUCUUCGUAUUUUGAAUACUUUUUAAUCGCGUUUACAGGUUGGGACACUGUGGAUCCCGGGAAUACAACAUGUAGCAGCUGGUAUUUUUCGGUGAGAGUGACUGAUGUUGAAUGGUCAAACGGACUGAGAACUAGAGAGCUGUUCUCUUCACUAAUAUGUGUCUGCAUGACUCCACAAGCCUGGGACCGGCUUGCUCCUUCUGCAGAGCCUGAAGAGACUCACCUGUUCCCCAGCCCCCAGAUGCCCAACACCAAGACCAGCCACUGAGCCCCCAGUGUGACCAGCCCAGCCGGCCACCCACCCCGAUGCCGCCAUGCCCAUCAUCAGCAAUGCAAACCAUGACUUCAGCAACCUCUCGGCCAGCGAUGACAGCAGCCUCGAUGCCAUCUUCACCCAGAUCCCCGAGACGGAGACGGUCAAGGGUGUCUACUACCAGAGGGCCCAGUUCAUCAGACGACCAGAGGACCUACUGUCAGUGGACCAUGGCCUACUAGCGGUCAUCAACGUGGGAGGCAACCGCUACACUUUCCCCUGGAGCACGCUGGAGCAGUUUCCCUUGACCCGGCUGGGACGGCUCUGUGGCCUCAGCAGCCCAGAGGAUAUCGCUGGCGUGUGUGACGACUACGACGAGACGCGGCGAGAGUUCUUCUUCGACCGCAGCCCCUCGGCCUUCCGCGUCAUCCUCAACUUCCUGGCGGCGGGGAAGCUGCGCAUGCUGAGGGAGAUGUGCGUGCUGUCGCUCCAUGACGAGCUGCUAUACUGGGGCGUGGAGAUUACCUACAUGGAGCGCUGCUGCAAGAGGAAGAUGUACACGCGCAUCGAGGAGAUGAAGGAACACGAGCGGCAGGAGGAAGAACAAAGGCAGAGGCACGCCAUGCUGCGCCCCCCAGUUGAGGAGACACGCUACCGCAAGUUCAUGAACCAGCUGAGGGAUAUGGUGGAGAAUCCCCAGUCUGGCCUGCCAGGGAAGAUCUUUGCCUGCCUGUCAGUGGUGAUGGUGGCAGUGACCGUCAUCAGCCUGUGUAUCAGCACCAUGCCGGACCUCAGGGAGGAGGAGGACAGGGUGAGUGAGGCCAACCCCCCGCAACCCCCAAAACAUUAA